AUGGCGGCCUCCUUGUGUCAGUGUUACCAGCGUUGUGUUCGAAGGAGUUGCGUGUUGCUGUUGUCUCGUCCCUAUGUCGCCACAUAUGACAGGUCCCAUCUACACAGGAUAUGUGUGCCAGUCACCAACACCUUACAGACGCGGCACGCGUCGGGUGGAGGAGGUGGGCGAAAGGGCUUUCUUGGGGAGUUUCUGGACAGCCUGAAGCAGGAGCUGAGUAAAAAUAAGGAGAUGAAGGAGAACAUCAAGAAGUUUCGCGAGGAGGCAAAAAAACUAGAGGAGUCGGAUGCUCUCAAACAAGCCAGGCGGAAAUUCAAAACGAUCGAAUCUGAAACGAUGAAGACUUCGGAAGUGCUGAGGAAGAAACUAGGGACAAUUUCCGAGAGCGUUAAAGAGGGGCUUGAGGAAGUUAGCCGCACGGACCUGGGGAAGAAGAUCAAAGAGGGGGUCGAGGAAGCGGCGAAAACGGCCAAGCAGUCUGCGGAAACCGUGUCCAAGAGUGGAGAGAAACUUGGGAAGACUGGUGCCUUCAGAGCCAUCUCACAGGGUAUGGAGUCGGUGAAGAAGGAGAUAGAUGAUUUUGGGCAGAGUGGACCGUACCGACCUCCCACGCGGUUACGGAAGAGGAGCGACUUCUCCUCCAAGGCGGCGGGCAGCGAGGCCAAGGUCUUUGAGGCCAAUGAAGAGGCCAUGGGUGUUGUCCUUCACAAAGACUCAAAGUGGUACCAGCAGUGGAAGGACUUCAAAGACAAUAACGUGGUUUUUAACAGAUUCUUUGAGAUGAAGAUGAAGUAUGAUGAGAGUGACAAUGCCUUCAUCAGAGCAUCACGCGCCGUCACAGACAAAAUGACCGACCUCAUAGGUGGGUUGUUCUCAAAGACUGAGAUGUCGGAGGUGCUGACGGAGAUCUUGAAGGUGGAUCCAAACUUUGAUAAGGAUUCGUUUCUCAAGCAGUGUGAACGGGACAUUAUUCCCAACAUAUUAGAGUCCAUGAUCCGGGGAGAGCUGGAGGUACUGAAGGACUGGUGUUAUGAGGCUACAUACAGUCAGCUAGCCCAUCCGAUCCAGCAGGCCCGAGCUAUGGGCCUACAGUUCCACUCUAAGAUUCUGGACAUAGACAACGUGGACCUGGCGAUGGGGAAGAUGAUGGAACAGGGUCCUGUCCUCAUAAUCACGUUUCAGGCCCAACUCGUCAUGGUGAUCCGGAAUGCCAAGGGAGACGUGGUGGAGGGAGACCCGGAGAAGGUUCUGAGGAUGAUGUACGUGUGGGCGCUGUGUCGAGAUCAGGAAGAGCUGAAUCCUUAUGCUGCCUGGAGACUUCUGGACAUCUCCGCAUCCAGCACAGAGCAGAUCCUCUGAGAGGAGCGGACAUCACGCCACAGGACAGGAGAGAUGGGAAUUGGGAUGGAGCACAGAUCCAGCUGGAGGUAGCACUAGCCACUGGUCCCAGUGGUCAGCAACCCUGGGCUUCUGCUUUGGACCGAACCAGACCCGGAUACGAACACAGACUGGUCCGAGUGCUGAGGUCACCGCGUGGCCCUCGUGACUCAUUGGGUGGAAGAUGAAGGGGCAGGGUCGAAUCUGCACCAAUCAGAUUUAAUAAUCACCCUCAGCCAAUGACUCUCACAGGAAGUGUGUGUGUUUGAGUUUCAAAGAACACGAAUGUUUGUGUGGGUGUGUGUCUGUGCUUCUAUGUUGAUCAGGGAUUCUUUAAUGGUUAUAUACCAGUGCCGCUGAUACCAGUAGACUGAUAUGAGACUCCGCACUAAUCAUUGCAACAUAUACAAAGAAAUUAAGAUUUACUCCCAGUACCCUAAUUUCAUGCAGAUUAUAUGACCAUAUAAGGACAUACCCUCAAAACAUUUGAUAAAAACAGGUUUCAGAGAGAGAGAUAUUAAUGAAAACUAUUAGCACAAAGAAGUUAUUGGACAUAUAUAGGUCUAGUAACAGAGCAUGCCGUUGGUCAGCAAGGCUAAUCAUUGUUAACCAGUCGCUGACUGUGUUACUGGAUCGAUAUGGACCGAAAACUUUUGCACACACACUUUCACGGCCCUAAAUUCCUUAUUCCGUAUGCUAGUACUGCCUUAUCCUGUCUUCUCUGUGGGAGGCAACGCUAAGGCCAAAGUCAAUGAUUGUACAGAAAAGGGUGUUUGUAUUGUUU